AUGCUACAAUCUAUUAACUUGAAACAGAUGUCAGAGGAAAUCCAAAAUCCAUCCAUCACGGUUCCACGCUCUAUUAUCCUUACUCUCAUCAUCAAUGGGAGCCUCGGGUUAUCAAUGCUCAUUGCGACUCUAUUCAGCAUAGUUGACUUGUCCACUGCCAUAGAGUCACCAACCGGUCUCCCAUUCAUUGAGAUCUUCCGGCAAUCCACGGGUUCAAUUGCUGGUUCUGCUACAAUGGCGUCAGUCAUUGUCACGUUAGCACUGUUUGCAAACUGUAACUACCUGGCCUCGACAUCCCGUAUGACCUGGUCGUUUGCAAGAGAUCGAGGCCUGCCAGGAUGGAAAUCAUUGACUAAGGUUGAGAAACGCACCGAAGUGCCGUUGAUGUCAAUUCUCGUCACCGCUACCAUAACUAUCCUUCUAUCUCUCAUAGUUAUUGGUUCAACGACGGCUUUCAAUAUCAUUGUGUCCUUGACGGUUGCUUGCUUAUAUCUCAGUUAUUUGCUGGCCACGAGCAUGCUACUGUACCACCGAUGCGUAGGAAACGUCUCGUAUCCUUCCAGUAACACGGAAAUGGGCCAAACCCUUGCCAAUACUACCGGCGCCCGUCUUGUUUGGGGCCCAUGGCAUCUCCGUGGUGCCAUGGGGAUUGCAACAAAUAUAUUUGGAAUCAUAUACCUGACGGUAAUCCUGAUAUUCAGCUUCUUCCCUGCUGAUGCUUCUCCGACGGCAGAAGGCAUGAAUUACAGCGUCGCCAUUUGGUCCUUCGUGGUUGUGUUUAGUAUUGUAUAUUACCUUGCAUAUGCGCGGAGAGUGUACGAUGGACCUGUAGUGGAAAUUGAUACCACACCGUCUAUUGAGCCCGCUCUCAAACAGUGA